UUGAAUCAAAUUUUCUUGUGAUGAAAUUUUUAUUUGUGUAACAUUUCCUAGGUGUUGAUGUGAAAAUUAUAUAGAUAUAAACGAAUUACGACUACUGACUGAGCAUCAUUUGAUAUUUUUUCUCAUAUGACUAAUCAAGUCAAAUAAGAAAAGAUUUGUUUGAAAUUGGUUGAAAUUAUUAUGCUAAUAUAUGCCUCAAGCAGCAAUAUCAUUCAAGUAGGACAUAAGUUAAUUCGUAAUUACCGUAUUUUACAUAUAAGCGAUAUGUUUUUUAAAUAAAUUCUGUAAUGAUAUACAAUCUCUAGAGAGCAUUCAUAUAUAAUUGUAUGACCAAAUUAAUAUCAGCAAAUGUUAUUUUUUUUUAUUCGCAUAUCAUUAAUCAUGCUCACUAAUUAGUGCAAAAAGAAUGUGCAAAUAAUAGCGGAAGUACAUAUAAUCACACUAAUGGCGCAACUCCUUUAUACACUGACAUCAUUUAUUCACGUAGACAGGUAGGCAUAAGCGUAAAAGUUAUGACAUCUAAGAAAGUAUAUAAACAACACGUGGAAAAUUCCAAAGGCACUAGUAUAUAAAAAUUAGAUAAGCUACAGAUAGUACUAGUGUAAUAGUAACGAUAUCACCAUGUAUAUUUGUUAUCGAGCAACUAUAUAAAUCGGUAAAAUCAGCGUCACUGGUUCACUCGCACCCGGAGAUGCAGAAGUUGCUACGAACCGGUAAGUGUACAAUUUCUUCAGAUUAAGAUAGAAUAACGUCAACAAAGAACAAAGAAAAUAUCAGAACAGUGGAUUACAGUGUAAUAAGUCAAUGUAAAAUAUCUAAAAGAUUUUCUCUUUAAAUUCUUAUGGAUUUUUGAGAUGUUUAUGUUGCAAAGAUUAAAACUAGCAUCUUUUAUUUUUGUCGACUUAUAUAAUUCUUGGUAUUAUAGAUAUAUAUGAAGAGACUUUAUAUUGCACUCUGUUUAUAUCAGUAAUAGUCGUGUGGUCUAAUAUCCAAAUUUGAAUUCGAUGAGAUUAUAUUGGUAUAUUAUUUCUAUUGUAUUGUCCGUCUAUUUGCUAAUAUUUGUAAUAGUUAUUACAGCAAUGCAUUCUCCGAUAAUAUUGCUACUGUUCGUUGCCAGCGCAUCGGUUGGCAGCGAAGAUAUUACUAAUAUUGACAAAAGUAUCGAAAUGAAAAUUAAAAAUGGCGUUGUCCAAAUGAAUAUAAUUAAUCGCAUCAUGAUUCUCAAUCUCACGAAAAAUGACGGCGAGAACAUGAUCAACGUCCUUUAUACCAAGACUCCGUUAGGUGUACUGCAGAAUCCCUUCAUAUUCGAUGAGAGUUGUGGUGCUAAUAAAAUCUGCGUGAGAAGCGGCAAGGUCCUACACACCAUCAUUCAAGCCAGCACGAAUAGCGAGAUCGUCGAAGUUAUUCGCAACGUCUCUAAUCCUUCUGCCGAGAUCAUUGACUGUUAUCAGUUCACCGAUGGCACGCAGUGGUUCGGCGGGCCGCAAGUGCGCUAUCAACAUUGGCCUAUUCAACACAUGUACUAUGAUGAAGAACCGUAUCUACCGACGCAUCCUAUGAACAUGGCAUUAGCUGAGCGUUAUUGGCUCUCAGGCAAGGGAGUUUAUCUCUAUGUCAGCGAGAAAAAUUCAUUAUUCAUUGAUCAGAAUAAUUAUAAGGACAAGUACCUAUGCCUGAUCGCCAAGAACAAAGCUCCUUACCGACAUCGAGAGAGUAUCCAGCUCAAUUAUGAGCUGGGUGUUUUCGCGAACCCGAAGUCCGCUCAUGAAUAUAUGGUGACGACUCAUCUGGGUAAACCCAACGGUUAUCCUAACGAGCGGAUGAUCCGGUAUCCCAUAUGGUCCACUUGGGCGAGGUACAAGGCCAAUGUUACCGAGAAGGUAGUGGAGACUUUUGCAGAUGAGAUCAUCGCCAAUAGAUUCAACAACAGCCAGCUUGAGAUCGACGACAACUGGGAGACCUGUUACGGCUCCGCCGUGUUCAAUCCUACCAAAUUCCCCAACGUUACUGCUCUUGUACAACGAUUGAAGAAGAAGGGGUUCCGUGUCACACUCUGGAUACAUCCGUUCAUCAACAAGGACUGCGAACCCGCGUAUUCGACAGCACUGAACAAUUCGUACUUUGUAAAAAGUAUCAACGGACGCGUCCAAAUGCAGUGGUGGCAAGGUCAAAAUGCAGCCGCAAUCGACUUUACAAAUCCGAAAGCAGUUAGCUGGUGGGUAGCACGGCUGAAGCUUCUACAAGAGAGCGGUAUUGACAGCUUCAAGUUCGACGCGGGCGAAGGAUCUUGGUUGCCACAAGUGGCAAGUUUAAACGGUUCGCUCGACUUGCAACCGGGAAUAUAUACGCGUGACUAUGCCAAGGCGCUCUCUGCCAACUUUGAUGACAAUAUCGAGGUACGGGUAGGAUGGCGAACUCAAGAAUUACCGAUAUUCGUCCGCAUGAUCGACAAAGACACCAAGUGGACAUGGAACAACGGUCUGCCCACUUUGAUUACAACGCUGCUGCAAAUGAAUCUGAACGGAUAUGUUCAUGUUCUACCGGACAUGAUCGGCGGCAACGGUUACCUGGAUGGCUCGCUCAACGGCACCGAAUAUCCGUCCAAGGAGUUAUUCAUCAGGUGGCUGCAGGCGAACGUUUUCAUGCCAUCGUUGCAAUAUUCCUUUGUGCCAUGGGAUUUCGACAAUGAAACCAUCACAAUCUGCAGGAAAUACACUGAACUGCAUGCAGAGUAUACGCCGACAAUUUUAAAACAUAUGCAGCAAGCUAUCACCAAUGGCACACCUGUAAAUCCACCUAUUUGGUGGAUCGAUCCAACCAAUAAGGAAGCUCAUAAAAUUAAUGACGAAUAUCUUCUUGGAGAUUCCAUUCUGGUUGCUCCAGUGAUCGAAGAGGGUGCAGUCACUCGCGACAUCUAUUUACCUGCGGGAAUAUGGCUUGAUCCGAAACGAGAAGUGAUCAGUAUCGGACCGAAAUGGUUGAGAAAUUAUUCCGCUCCUUUAGAUAUACUUCCAUAUUUUAUAAGAGCUAAGCCAGUUAUAACACACAGCGCUAAUUAAUUAAAGUUUCACUUACAAAAUAUUUAUUUGUACAAUUGUAUAUAAAUCGUAGCUAUAUCAUAGUAUUUUUAUCUCUAUAAAUCACGAGAACAUUCCAUUUCUAUAAAGAUAUAUCGCCAGAUAUGUAAAAUUUCUAAUUGAUUUUGUUUGUCGUCAUUCUGACAUCGAAAUAGAUUCAUUACUUGCUUACCAGUAAAGAUCGUAUCUCUGUGUCAAGCUUUUUAAUUACUACGUCAUCCGAUGAGUAACUUCCGGUCCUUAAGAGAGAUUCACGUUCUUCUCUUAGUGCUUGCAAUCGUUCGUUGUAUUCAUCCGGUUUGCCAGAUAUGGUUUUAUUAUCAUUAUAAGAAAUUUUAGGGUAAAUCUUGUUGAUUGACGCAGAGACUUCACUAUAGGUUUCUUUUGGAGUGAAAUAUUGCUUAGGCUUCAUUACAUCAAUCUCCUUUUGCAGUUCGUUCAAUAGGAUUUGAUCAUUGGUCAAGGCUCUUGUAUCUGUAGAUAAAAUUUCUGCAAAGCUGCACACGGAAAAAUGUGAAAUUUAUAAGUCAUAUAGAGAUAUUAUACUUACUAAAUUUAAAUACAAAGCAUCCUUGUCCGACUUUUUAUCGAUUAUAUUUAAAUGGAAUGGCAUUAUUUAGUCAAAUUGGGAGUUCUGAUUUACAAUGAAACUUUAACUAGAAUAGAUAUCAUUAAAACAACGCUGUUAAAACAAUACAUACUCCACGUUUUUCAGUUC